AAAUGAAAUAAAUCAAAAUUUACCAAAUGCGCCAGUUCUUGAUAAUGAUCGAGUACAAACUGAAUCAAACUUUUCACACUCACUCGAUUAUAAUCCAAUCUCUCAAUGGCAAAAUGUUGAACAGGUCGCUGUAUGCAAUGGAUGCAAAAACCAAAAUACUCGUUGUUAUCCUCCUAUUCUGACUCCCAUUCCUUCAGAAAUCGAAGAAGUUCCUAUGAUGCAUCGAAGAUAUCUUUCUCCUGUUCAUAUGAACUGUUCUUUAGGCCGCGCUGCUGGCACAAAUCAUUACACAAAUUAUAGACAUUUAGAAGGUUUAAUAGGAAUAACACACAACUAUCGGUCUUUACAAUUAUAUUCUGGAUCAAUUGGUGCUUAUUUAAAUUCUAAUGAACUAUCAAAUUGGUUUCAUAACUCAUUAAUACCCACCUCGGAUUGGCUAAAACAAAAUAACAACCUUAUUAGACAAUACCAAUCGAAUUUAAUCACUACUUGUCCAUCACCAGAAAGUAUCGUACCCGUAUCUUUACCCUGA